GGACGGCUCUCGAAGAAAGCGACAAAAGCAAGUUGGAGCAUCAUCUGGCCAAGCCGCCACAGGAACCGCGACAAAUGGAGACAUUCAGAUGGAUACUGGAGAAGGUAGCAGUUCUGGUGUAGCUGGUUUGAAAGAGCAGGGAACAAAGUUGUGGCAGAUGUUCAAAGACGUGGUCAAUAAAGAAUGUUACAUAUGGUCUCCAGCGUUCAUGCGCUUGACCUCAAAGCGCCAUUAUCCUGAUUAUUAUGUCUACAUUCAACAACCAAUUUGCUUGGCCGAUAUCAAGCAGAAAAUAGAUGACGGCUUAUACAACUCUCUCGAUGAUAUCAGACAAGAUUGCGACUUCUGUUUUUCAAACGCCAAAAAGUACAAUCAGAAGAACAGUCAAAUCUGGCUCGACGCCAAA